AUGUCCGAUGAAGUGGUGCACGCCGUUUUUGAGCCGUCAGAAGCUCGGCUAUUGGUCUCCUCGUCGCACACCCAGCUUCUAGUGGAAAGCCCCAUUCUUGUGUCUGCUCUAUCCAACAUAUUUCCAUAUCUUCUUUUCAUUGACAAUUUUCUCGAGAUCAUCACUUGGACAAAUGAAGACCCGUACCAGAAUUUCUUGAUCGUGGUAUGUUAUUCUAUCCUUGUCUUGUACUGGGACUUUUUAAAGUACUGGGUUCUUCCUUUUCUUGUUGUACUACUUUUCACAUCUAUCGUGUGGCGAGCCGAUUCGGUCAUUUACGAUUCCAAGUUUGGCGAAAGGCCCACAGUGGAGGAAGUCUUGCUGGCUCUCCAUAACAUCACUGUCCGCUUCGAGCUUUUCUUUCGCCCAGCGAAAAACUUGCACUUUUCGCUGAAAAACUACUAUAAAAUGGCCUUGGGCACUUUGGCCAUCACGCCGCUCCACGUAUUUGUGCUUCAGAAUCUCUUGACUCCUCGGUCUUUUGCAUGGAUCAUUGGCACCGUGUUUUUGACUUUCCACUCUCCCUGGGCUUUUUCCAUUCGCAGACUCAUAUGGCGUUCUAUCUACACAAGAAUUUUUGCUCAUCAAUUGACAGGACUUGACAUUCGGCUCUCUCGCCGAAAAGCAGACACUGGAUUCCGAGAGAGAGCGGCAAGCAGUCCAUGCGUCACGGCCCCAGCGACAGAUGUGGAGGAAGAUUCACAGAAAGUACAGCACCAGGCCAAAAUCAACAACUUCUCUAUUCUCCGCAAAGUUAUAGUUUCGCCCACACAACUCAAGCAAACUGUCCGGUUUGAUAUUUUGGAAAACGAACGUCGCUGGUUGGGGCUUGGCUGGACCAAGCUUCUUUACCCAGGCGAAAGAUCAAGUUUCUGCUACAUGGAUCUGAUGCUCGCAGCCCCCAAUCCACAUCAAGACGAGUUUGAAUUCCCUGUUUUCGAAAAUGAUUUGUACACUUAUAGCUGGCAGUGGAUGGAUGACGAGUGGAAAAUUGAUGCCGAGUUUAACAAGAACCGAUCGAAAGAGGGCUGGGUGUUCUACGACUCUAAUUGGGAAAUGCCUAAAUACGAGGAUGGUUUCUCCCGUUAUACCCGUUCCCGAAAAUGGAUGCGGCGGGCCAUUUUGCUUAUAGAUAAGCAAUCAGAGGUUUUGGACGGAUGA